CCGCGGUGCUGAUCGCCGCCCGCCCGCCCGCCCGCGCCGACCCCGGGGCGCGGCCAUGGAGGUGGUGGGCGACUUCGAGUACAGCAAGCGGGACCUCGUGGGACACGGGGCCUUCGCCGUGGUCUUCCGGGGGCGGCACCGCCAGAAAACUGAUUGGGAGGUAGCUAUUAAAAGUAUUAAUAAAAAGAACUUGUCAAAAUCACAAAUACUGCUUGGGAAGGAAAUUAAAAUCCUAAAGGAACUUCAGCAUGAAAACAUUGUAGCGCUCUAUGAUGUUCAGGAAUUACCCAACUCUGUCUUUCUGGUGAUGGAGUAUUGCAAUGGUGGAGACCUGGCAGAUUAUUUGCAAGCUAAAGGCACUCUCAGUGAAGACACCAUCAGAGUCUUUCUGCAUCAGAUUGCAGCCGCCAUGCGGGUCCUGCACAGCAAGGGGAUCAUCCACAGGGAUCUCAAGCCCCAGAACAUCCUGCUGUCCUAUGCCAAUCGUAGGAAGUCCACUGUCAGUGGUAUUCGCAUCAAAAUAGCGGAUUUUGGUUUUGCUCGUUACCUACAUAGUAACAUGAUGGCUGCAACGCUGUGUGGGUCUCCAAUGUACAUGGCUCCUGAGGUUAUUAUGUCUCAACAUUAUGAUGCCAAGGCCGACCUGUGGAGCAUAGGGACAGUGAUAUAUCAGUGCCUCGUUGGAAAACCACCUUUCCAGGCUAGUAGUCCUCAAGACCUAAGGAUGCUUUAUGAGAAAAACAGAAACUUAAUGCCUAGCAUUCCCAGAGAAACAUCACCUUAUUUGGCUAAUCUCCUUUUGGGUUUGCUUCAGAGAAACCAAAAAGAUAGAAUGGACUUUGAAGCAUUUUUUAGCCAUCCUUUUCUUGAGCAAGUUCCAGUAAAAAAAUCCUGCCCGGUCCCGGUGCCCGUAUACGCCGGCUCCGCCUCUGAAGGUCCCUGUAGCAGCUCUCCAUCCUGUCUCUUCGCCUCUCCACCUUCCCUUCCAGAUAUGCAGCAUAUUCAGGAAGAAAACUUAUCCUCCCCACCAUUGGGUCCUCCCAACUAUCUCCAGGUGUCCAAAGAUUCUGCCAGUACUAGUAGCAAGAACUCUUCUUGUGACACGGAUGACUUUGUUUUGGUUCCACACAGCACCUCGUCAGACCACUCAUAUGAUAUGCCGAUGGGCACUGCUGGCAGACGUGCUUCUAAUGAGUUCUUGGUGUGUGGAGGGCAGUGUCAGCCCACCGUGUCCCCUCACAGCGCAGCCACCCCCAUUCCCGUCCCUACUCAGAUAAGGAACUACCAGCGCAUAGAGCAGAACCUCUCCUCCACUGCCAGCUCUGGCACAAAUCGGCAUGGCUCUCCAAGAUCUGCGGUGGUACGAAGGUCGAACACCAGCCCCAUGGGCUUCCCCCGGCUGGGAUCCUGCUCCCCGGCGCCGGCAGACGCAGUACAGGCGGUCGGACGAAGACUCUCCACGGGGUCUUCCAGGCCUUACUCACCUUCCCCUUCGGUUGGCACCAUUCCUGAGCAGUUUAGUCAGUGCUGCUGUGGGCAUCCUCAGGGCCAGGAAUCCAGGAGCAGGAACUGGUCAGGCUCUCCCGGGCCGCAGCCUCCGUCGCCGCAGCCACUCUUGUUGGGUGCUAGACUGCAGAGCGCCUCCACCCUCACCGACAUCUACCAGAACAAGCAGAAGCUCAGAAAGCAGCACUCGGACCCCGUGUGCCCGUCCCACGCCGGGGCUGGGUGCAGCUGCCCCCCCCAGCCCCGUCGGCCCGGCAGCCUCGGGACCUCUCCCACCAAGCACGCGGGGUCCUCCCCACGGAGUUCCGACUGGUUCUUCAAAACUCCGUUACCAACGAUCAUUGGCUCUCCUACUAAGACCACGGCUCCUUUCAAAAUCCCGAAAACGCAAGCGUCUUCCAACCUGCUAGCCUUGGCCGCUCGCCGCGGGCCUUCUGAGGGGCAGUCGAAAGAUGGGAGUGACGCACGGGGAUGCUCUCACCUUCUCUCAGUACAAGGAGGGGAGAGGCAGACGUCCGAGCGGCAGGUCAGGGCGGCGUUCGGCAGAUCUGUCAGUACUGGGAAAUUAUCAGAUCCACCGGUAAAAACACCUUUAGGUGGACAUCAGGGCAGCACGGACAGUUUAAGUACAGAACGACCAAUGGAUAUAGCCCCUGCAGGAGCCUGUGGUGUUGCACGGGCUCCUUCUGUGGGAACAGCAGCGAGUCCCAGGGCUGUGCUGUUCACGGUAGGGUCUCCUCCACACAGGGCCGCGACCCCCGCUUGUACCCAUAUAGUCCUUCGGACAAGAACCACCUCAGGGGGCUCCAGUGGCUCCGGAGGUUCCCUGGGCUCCGCCGGGGGCCGCGUGUCUGGGGGCUCCCCGCCUGGGCCGUGCUCGGGGUCUCCCCCUCCGGGAGCAGAGGCAGCUCCCAGCCUGAGACACGCGCCUUGUGGUGCUUCACCCCCCAGCCUGGAGGGGCUCGUCGCCUUUGAAGCCCCUGAACUGCCCGAGGAGACGCUGAUGGAGCGAGAGCACACAGACACCUUCCGCCACCUGAACGCAAUGCUGUUGUUCACGGAGUGUGUGCUGGACCUGACGGCCGUGCGCGGGGGAGACCCGGGGCUCUGCGCGUCUGCGGUCUCCUUGUACCAGAUCCAGGAGAGCGCGGUGGUGGACCAGAUCAGCCAGCUGAGCAAAGACUGGGGGCGGGUGGAGCAGCUGGUGUUAUACAUGAAGGCCGCACAGCUGCUGGCAGCCUCUCUGCAUCUCGCCAAAGAGCAGAUCAAGUCCGGGAAGCUGAGCCCGUCUACGGGUGUGAAACAAGUUGUCAAAAAUCUGAAUGAACGAUAUAAAUUCUGCAUCAGCAUGUGCAAGAAACUUACAGAAAAGCUGAAUCGCUUCUUCUCUGACAAACAGAGAUUUAUUGAUGAAAUCAACAGCGUAACAGCAGAGAAACUCAUCUAUAAUUGUGCUGUAGAAAUGGUAACCCUUUUUAAGGUUCAGGCUGCAGCCCUGGAUGAGAUGUUCCAGCAGACUGAAGAUAUUGUUUAUCGCUAUCAUAAGGCGGCCCUUCUUUUGGAAGGCUUAACUAAGAUUCUCCAGGACCCAGCAGAUAUUGAAAAUGUACACAAAUAUAAAUCUAGUAUUGAAAGGAGAUUGUCGGCCCUCUGCUACAGCACCUCGACCUCGUGAGCCGCAGCAGGCCUGCCCCCAGGACCAGUGGAUGAAACAGGUUCACAGCGAGGAAGUGCUUGGUCUGCAGUCAGUACCUAGGGAAGUGGCCGGGCUGUGCUUUGUGACCUCCAAGUGCAUUCUUCUUCUUCUUGUACGACCAAGGUCAGGUGGUAGGUGGUAUGUGUGAGACCGUGAAGUCUGAACAGCAGAGAAGGACAAACUGUAAACUCGUGAUUAAUGGUUCUGAUUAUAUUUCCAUCAUCAAGGCCAAUUGUUUUAAGAGAUUUUGCCUUGAUUAUAGCAAUAAUAAACAAAUGCUUUAUGUUUCCACGUGCAUCUUUU